AUGCAGGCCUUGGAGCCGGCCGCGGCUGGCUUCUAUGAGGAGGACGGCAGGGACCUGGACUUCUACGACUUCGAGCCCCUCCCCACUCUGCUGGAGGACGAGGAGAACGUGUCCCUGGCCGACAUCCUCUCCCUGCGGGACAGUGGCCUCCGCGAGCAGGAGGCCUGGGCCGUGUGCCUGGAGUGCUGCCUGUCCAUGCGGAGCGUCGCCCACUCGGCCAUCUUCCAGACCCUCUGCAUCACGCCCGACACGCUGGCCUUCAACACCAGCGGGAACGUGUGCUUCAUGGAGCAGCUCAGCGAUGACCCUGAGGGCGCUUUUGUUCCCCCAGAGUUUGAUGUGACUGGGAACACCUUUGAGGCCCACAUUUACUCCCUGGGGGCCACGCUGAAGGCAGCCAUGGAGUAUGUGCCAGAGCCUGAGCAGGAGCCCAAGCUCAGCGCGGAUCUGGAGGCGCUGCUGGGCCAGAUGCAAGCGGAGAAGCCGGGGGACCGGCCUGACCUGGAGAGCAUCAUCGCGCUGUGUGAGGAGAGGAUGAAGAGCACGUCCUCCUGCCACCUGUGCCGAAGCCUCUCAGCUGUCGGGAGGAGGGUGCUCUCCAUCGAGUCCUUCGGAGCACUCCAAGAUAUCAGUGAGAGCGCCUGGAGGGGGAGAUUCGCGCCCAGAAGUUCGGGGCCCAAGGGGCAGCCUCGGGACCGUGGCACUGACCCUAAGGUCCCACAUGCCCCGCUGGGCCUGCCUGCAGGUGGCCCUGGCAACCUGGAGCAGGAGAGCAGCUGGGGUGCCCGCCCCCUGUCCCCGAAGCCCCUGCUCUUGGCACCUGUGAGAAACGGCGAGACCCUCGACAGGGAGGGGCUGUGCUCAGAGCAGCUGGCCGGCCUCCUGCUGGACACCAGGGGCCCCCUGGGCGACCUGGACCACGGCCUGCUCAAGAGGAGCCGCCUGAGGAAGGUGCAGACCUUCCCCCGGCUCCUGGCCGAGGGCCCUGAGGCCAGUGCCCUCUGCCUGUCACUGACCAGAAGCCAGCUGCCCAUGUCCGAACUGUUCCCUGCAGACUACAGGAAAAUCUUUCCAGAGGGGAAAAAUGGCAUUCUGGGCUUCAGGGCACUGCCCAAGUACAGACUCUGGCCCAAUGAGGGGUCUGAGCCCCCAGUGGGCGAGGCGCGAGGCACAGGAGGCCGGGGGGACAGGGGAGCCCUACCAGGGGCUGGUCUGGGUGGUGGCACUGGGCUGGGAGGCGCCUGCCACGGAGCGGCAGCCUGCACCCCUGGACAGCCAGAGGAAGAGGGGCCCUCACAGCCAGCCAGGGCAACGUCCUGCCCCAGCCAGGACCUUCUGGAGGAGAACCCCCCACCUUGCCCCCUGGACCUUGGAGACCCCAGGGCUCGCUGCAGUGCUGCUGGCAUCACAGAAGAAGCAGGGCACCCGGGUGGCACAACCAUGGAGCAGCGGAUGUCCCUGCAGGACCUCCUGGUGAAGCUUGGCCGGCCCUUCCGGGAAUACGAGCUCUGGGCGCUGUGCCACGAGAGCCUCCACACCCUGCAAACCUACAUCGAGUUCCCAGCCUACCUGUGCCUGGACUCCGUGCUGGUCGCCGAGGAUGGCACUGUGCUCUUCGGGGUGCCCCCUGCCGACGGCUCAUACAAUUCAUUUUUUGUGGCUCCCGAGGUCACAGAGGAGAAGCUGGUGACGGAAAAGGCCUCAGUGUACUGUGUGGCUGCCGUCCUGUGGACCGCAGCCAAGUUCAGCAUGCCUCGUGACCACAAGCUGGCCCUGCCUCGAAGGCUCAAGGCCCUCCUGUUGGACAUGGCCAGAUGCAGCACCCAGGAGCGGCUGUCUGCUGCCGAGGCCAUCAAGAUGUGCAACAGCUACCUCCUUCAGCGAGGCAUGGACAGCAAGAAGAUUUUAGCCCACCUGAGUGCAUCUACCUGUAAGGUCUACCAGGAGGAAGAAACCAUCAGUCUCCAAAGUGCUCCCUCAGUGACUGAGCUGGAGCUGGAUGCGGCAUGCCCCCUGGAGCCCAGCCAAGGCUUCAUGCCCGUCGGCAGGGACACCAGGCUGGCUGCUGUGCAAGGACCCGUGCCCAGCAAACUCACCUCCCCCACGGAAGCCACAGAUCUGCCGGCGGCCUUCACUUCUGCGGCCACCCACUUCAAACCCAUCGUGCUCGUCCGGGAGGCAGAUGCAGCCGCGGAUGAGCCCGCUCUGUCCCCUGGACUGGCCGAGAGACCGGAGGAGAGGAGAGACAGAGACGAGGGCAGGGGGACCCUGGCUCCCGAGGCCCACGGGGCAACUGCCACCACCGAGACGCCUGAGAGGCCAGCGUCGGGUGCAGAGCCGCCGGGCAUACCCCCAGAAAGGCUUGGAGAGUCAGCCAAAGAGCGCCCCUGUCCUGCAACCCGCGUCCUGUCCCACCAGCCGGUACAGCCCGCUUCCUCGAAGACCCCCAGCUCCCCGAUCCAGGAUUCUCCACCCACCCAGCCCAGGAAGGCACAGGUCCCGCCAGAGCAGAGAUCCGAGGAGCCGCAGAGGCCCGAGGAGCUGGCCCCUAUGGGGGCCACUUCCGGAGCCCUCGGGUCUGCGCUCGUCGGGGCACCCGCGGCCAGCCAAGGCCCACGCCGCCCUCCCAAGACGCCCAGGGGCACAGUCCCUGAGCGACCAGACCAGGAACCCCAGGGCCCCCGAUGGGAGGCACAGGUCAGUCCAAAGGGCCCCAGGGGAACAUCGGGCAGAGAGCGGCCCAGGCCCGCGGACCGCAAGCUGUGUCCCUCGGGCACGGACGCGUCACCCCUGGAGAGGGCGGCCUGUCCCUCGCUGCAGGAGACUAUGCGCCUCAUCCAGGAAGAGUUCGCCUUCGAUGGCUACCUGGACAACGGACUGGAGGCUUUGAUCAUGGGGGAAUACAUACAUGCCUUGAAAGACCUCACCUAUGCCACUUUCUGCGGUGCCAUAUCGGAGAAGUUUUGCGACCUUUACUGGGACGAGAAGUUACUGCAAAACCUAUUCAAGGUGGUAAACGGGACAUCGCCCUGUGAGAGUGUUUCCCAGGAGGCCACGCAGCAGCCCAAGGGGGAUGUCCAGAUUGGCGUGCCCACCAUCUGCUCCCCAUCCAGCAGAAGACCCUCAGGGCCCAGGCUUGGCAAAGAGAAGCCGGCCACCUCCCGUGCCUCAGACCUCAAAUCGGAGGAACUCUCCCAGGGUAAUUUCGAAGUGGGGUUCCGGCCACAGAAAUCCAUCAAAGCUGAGAAAGAGCCUGCAGCUGAAGGCGGCCAUCCAUGCAGCGGGGACCUGGGCCCUGAGCUGGUCAGCAGGAGCCUCAACUCAGGGGCAGUGGCCCGGCUGGAGGAGGGCAGCCUGGGUGUGCCGCCGGGCCCCGCUGAGCUUCAGAGCUGCAGCCCCGGCUGGUGCAGUGCCUUCUACGAGGCUGAUUGCUUCAGCGCAGACGUGCACAGCUACGUGGAGGAGCUGGGGCGGCAGAAGGCCAGCGGGGCAGCAGACACCGAUGCCCAGCACCUGGAGCUGGAGCAGCAGCUGAUGAUGGAAAGGAGGAGCUACCGCAAGACCCUCAAGUUCUAUCAGAAGCUCCUGCAGAAGGAGAAGAGGAACAAAGGUUCUGAGGUGAAGACAAUGUUGUCCAAGCUGAAAGGGCAGCUGGAAGAGAUGAAAUCCAAGGUGCAGUUCCUCGGACUGGUCAAGAAGUACCUGCAGGUGGUCUAUGCAGAGCGCUGGGGCCUGGAGCCCAGCGCCCUGCCAGUGAUCGUGAACAUCGGGGCGGCCCACUGUGGGACGCUGGACUUCAGUCCCCUGGACGAGUCGUCCUCCCUCAUUUUCUACAACGUCAACAAGACCCUGUGUGGUGGUGGCAGCAGCAGCAGGCAGGAGAAGGCCCGGGUCCUACAGGCCGGCACGCCGCUCGGGCUCAUGGCUUACCUGUACUCCAGCGACGCCUUCCUUGAGGGCUACGUGCAGCAGUUCCUGUAUACCUUCCGCUACUUCUGCACACCCCACGACUUCCUGCAGUUUCUCCUGGACCGCAUCAACAGCACCCUGCCCAGAGCCCACCAGGACCCUACCUCAACCUUCACCAAGAUCUACAAGCGCAGCUUCUGCCUGCUGCAGGCCUGGGUGGAGGACUGCUACACUGUUGACUUCAUGAGGAACGCCGGGCUCCUGGGGCAGCUCCAGGGCUUCAUGUCCUCCAAGAUCACACCUCCAGAUGGCUACGCAGAGCACCUGCUGGCCCUGCUGGAGGUGAGCACAGACCGGCGGGGCGAGGGGGCCACACGUGCCGGAGACCUGGAAGACUCCAAGGAGGCCGAGGAAGACACCCGGCCCCUCAACGCCCUCUGUAAGAAGUUCUCAGAAGAUGGCCUCUCCCGGAAGAGCUUCCCCUGGCGGCUGUCCAAGGGUAACGGGCUGGCACUGGGACCGCACAAGGAGCGCCAGUAUACCAUUGCGUCAGCCCUGCCCAAGCCCUGCUUCCUGGAGGAGUUCUACGGCCCCUAUGCCAAGGCCAGCGAGAAGGGGCCCUACUUCCUGACUGAGUACAGUACCCACCAGCUCUUCACUCAGCUGACAUUGCUGCAGCAGGAAUUGUUUCAAAAGUGCCACCCCGUCCACUUCUUAAACUCACGAGCCUUGGGUGUCAUGGACAAGAGUACGGCCAUCCCGAAAGCCUUCUCUUCUGAGUCUUUGUCAGCUAAAACCUGCAGCUUAUUUCUGCCAAAUUACAACCAAGACAAGUACCUGCUGCAGCUGUUAAGGAAUGCCGAUGAUGUCAGCACCUGGGUGGCUGCUGAAAUUGUGACCAGUCACACCUCCAAGUUGCAGGUGAAUUUGCUGUCCAAAUUUCUGCUGAUUGCAAAGUCUUGCUAUGAGCAGAGGAACUUUGCAACUGCCAUGCAGAUCCUGGGGGGCCUGGAGCACCUGGUCGUGAGGCAGUCCCCCGCCUGGAGAAUUUUACCCGCCAAGAUCGCGGAAGUCAUGGAGGAGCUGAAGGCCGUGGAGGUCUUCCUCAAGAGCGACAGCCUGUGUCUGAUGGAAGGGCGGCGUUUCCGGGCCCAGCCCACAAUCCCCUCAGCCCACCUCCUGGCCAUGCACAUCCAGCAGCUGGAGACAGGGGGCUUCACCAUGACCAACGGGGCCCACAGGUGGAGCAAGCUCAGAAACAUAGCCAAGGUGGUAAGCCAGGUGCACGCUUUCCAGGAAAAUCCCUACACGUUUGCCCCCGACCCCAAGCUCCAGUCAUUCCUCAAGCAGAGGAUUGCACGCUUCAGUGGGGCCGAUGUCUCCAUCUUGGCUGCGGAUAGCAGGGCCAACGUGCACCAGGUCACCAGUGAGAAGCAUUCACGAAAGAUCCAGGACAAGUUCCGGAGGAUGAAAGCAACAUUCCUGUAAC